AUGAAAUUCACCUCCGUUAUCUUAGCUUUGUCGACUGUUUUUGUUGCUAUCCAAGCUGCUGAUUCUUCAUCAGGUUCUGAAGUUUCUACUAAAGGUUCGUCUUCUAGCACCGAGUCUAAAUCUUCUACAUCCGAGUCGACCUCAACUAAAACAAAAACACACAAAUCCAAAGAUGGUGCUAAUAUUGCUGGAGUUUCUGGUGCUGGAUCAUUAGCUGCAAUUGCUGGUUUACUUUUGUUAUAA